CGCCUUUGCAGUACGGCUAUCGAUUGAGUUUGAACGAUACUUGAAGCAUAGCCAUGGCCCAAUUGGGAAUUCUCCGAGAAGGAAGGGAGGGUGAUGAUACAUUUGGUGUCUCACUCUGGCUUGCUUGCUUGCUUGCUUGCUUGCUUACUUCUUGCUUCGUUUGUUGGUAGUUUAAUAGUCCCUGAUUGGGGGGAGGAGUCCCCUGAUUGCUUUUUAUAUCUUGAGGGACUGGACAGGUCUGGAACUGACGGGUUCUCCUGCCUGGCUGCCAGGAUUCGAAUCUGCUGGCCCGUGCAACCCGCAAAAGACCGGACACAGACUCGGACACCCAACGUGGCAGCAAAGCAGCCAAUCAUCAGCCGCCGAGCCAGUCAUCCGAACCACUAGCCCCGAUGCAGACGAACCGCCCUGUCAUUGGUCUGAUCCCCAUCGCCUCACUUUACAUUCGGGAUAGUGGGAAGACAUGGAUUGAGUUGAACUGAGCCUGGAGGCCGCUGGGAAGGUUUUCUCUCUCGCUGCUGUACUUUGCCAGUCAGUUCAAUAUAGACUUCGGCUUGCUGGGAACAGAGUUGAAUUGUGAAUUGAC